AUGACGGCUACCGAAGCCGUGCUUCACCAUGACCAGGGACCGGCAGAAAUGGCAGAGCAGAUUCUGAAAAGUACAAAUGCAGUGUGGCAGCAUUUUACGCAGCCUACUCCAGGUAAGGUGCGCUGCAACAUCUGCAAUAUAUUGAUGAGCAUGGGAGCUGAAAAGGCAAAGAUGAAACAUACUUCAAAUAUGUGGAGCCACUUGAAACGUCACCACCUUCAGGCCUAUAAUGAAGCACAAAAAGAAAAGGAUGAUCGAGCAGCAGCUUCUACUUCUGCAGCAAGUUCAACACAGCCUAAUAUUGUGCAGAUGUUCGAUGCCCAAAGGAAAUGGGGUAAUUCUGACACCAGGUCCAAACAAGUUGAUCUUGCCAUAGUUGAGAUGAUUGCCAGAGACAAUCAUCCAUUUACAGUUGUCUCUGGUGUUGGUUGUAAAAGGUUGGUGGCAUUGCUGGAGCCCAGAUACUCUCUCAAAAUGAAGUACUAUUGCAUUGACCUCUUUGAAGAUGUUCACACAAAAGUAGAAAACAAAAUCAAGAAGCUGGUCACGUUAGAAAAUGCAGGACCCUAUUUGGCAUUUACAACGGAUUGUUGGUCUGGUGACACAGAAUCCCUAAUGAGCCUGACCUGUCAUUUUAUUGACAGUGACUGGGAAAGGAAACAAAUUGUCCUCCAUGUCAAAGCCAUACAUAGCUCUCACACAGGUGACUAUAUCAGCGAGGUGUUACUCAGUCUGCUGAGGCAUAGGGACAUCGGCACAGAGAGCGUUGUGCUUGUGCUUCACGAUAGCGGCGCCAAUAUGAUUAAAGGGAUGAGGCUCACCGAAGCCGAUCUCAGCUGCAGUGCUCACACACUUCAGCUGGUGGUAAAUGACAGGAUCAACAGCCAGUGAGCAGUGAUGGAUGGACAUUCAAUACUUGCCAAACAGCGUUUGAAGGACAUUCAAAAAGAACUUGACCUCCCCCAGCACAGAAUAAUCCAGUUGGUGCCAACUCUAAACAUGUUGGAGAGCAUGCUGGAGCAGAAACGGGCACUUACUGUAUAUGCAAGGAAACAUGGAAAGAUAUCAAUCUUAACAGCAGAUCACUGAACUCUUGUGGGCAAUUUGAUUGACACACUGAGCCUGCUUUAACAGGUAACACUGGAAAUGAGCAUAUCAGACUCAUCAAUAUCAUGCAUAAUUCCCAGCAUCACCGUCCUAAAAAUGCUACUUGAAGUUGAGGGUGCAAAAGCAAGGGGCAUCAAAACACUCUGUGACACUAUGCUGGACAGUUUGAAGGCAAGGACCUCUGAGGAGGCUGAUGAUGAGGAGGAGCAGCUUUUCACACAGCAGCUGGAUCAAUACCUAUGGGAGUCGUUGAUCGACAGACAGAUGGGCCAACCACUUGCUUGGUGGAAACAAAAUGCAUCCCGCUUGCACCUUCUGGCACCACUCGCCAGAAUAUUUGUCAGUCCACCCCCCUCCUCUGUUCCCAGUGAGGAGGUAUUUAGCGAGGUCAGCCAGAUAUAUGAGAAAAAGAGGAAUAGGCUGACCGGAGAAAAUGCAGAGCGUCUCUGUUUCCCCCAUUACAACCUGCAGCUCCUAAACUGGGAGUAUUAA